ACGUCUGACGCUAGGAUCCGGUAAAGAGCAAGAGAGGGGCAAGGAAGCAAAGCGAUAAAGGCGAUACUCGAACAAAAAAAUCAAGAAUUUCUUCACGAAUGGCCAUUUAUAGAUAAUGAUGGAAGGUCCAUUAGAAAUAAAAAACUCCAGUGCAAACGUGGAAGAGCCUAUAAAAUCUGAAGCUCUUGUACAAAAUUCUGAUAGUAGUGAGCGCAAUGAUGGCGCUACAUCGCCCCCUCCAAAUUGCAGCAUUUGUCUGGGAAAAUUGGUCAACACAUCUUUUACAGAUAGUUGUCUGCACCAAUUCUGUUUUACCUGUUUACUUCAAUGGUCCAAGAUAAAGACAGAAUGCCCUUUAUGCAAGCAAAAAUUUAAGUCGAUUAUAAAUAAUGUAAGAUCGGAGGAAGAUUAUGAUCAAUAUCAUGUACCUCGCAAGUUGGCAUCGCAGGUUCCUGAGCCACAUGUCACAGCUACUUUAGAUGUCAACUUUGACGUUGAUAAUAAUGUUGCUCCUUGGGAAAUUGUUCCACGUCGAUUUGUUUAUAGGACGACAAUGACUGGCAAUCGCCGACCUGUCGCAGGACCUUUCUUAAACCCAGAGCAAAUUGUGAGACGUGAGCAAUUGCCCAGUAUGGCACCUCAAGUGCCUAGAGAAGAACGUAUACGUAGACGGACUAAUCCCACAGAUUAUCGUCGCACCAUUUAUAGGCACGGCAUAUGGGCUACUUCACUACCUGACGUAUUUGGACGUUUCCGCGAAUGUAGCGCUGAAUAUUACAGAAGACAUCCGCAAGAAUUAGAUCGUCUUGUACCAUGGUUGAAUAGAGAGUUGCAAGUUUUACUUAACAACGAACCAUCCCACUGUGCGUAUGUGUUGAGUGUAAUUAUGGAUGCCUUAACUCAAUUUGAUAUUAGAAGCGGACAAUUUCGAGAUACUGUGCGGCCUUUUUUCACUAUACAUACUAACCAUUUCGCACACGAAUUGUUAAAUUUUGCCCAAACCAACUUUGAUUUAGUUGGGUAUGAUCAAUCUGUCACAUAUUUACCACGUGGUCUGUCGAAUGAAUACGCUCGUAUUGUGUCACCUACCCCUAGUAGCACUAGUAGUAGUAGUAGCAGCAGCAUCACUUCUGAUAACUCAGAUGUGCGAAUACUUGAUGAAGCAAUCGAUUUAAGAGUAAACACUGAAAUGCCUAGUACAAUAUCACAUCCUAUCAGCAUGCCAGGUCCCAGUACAGCAGGAUCGGCAUUACCCAGAGUUGAAACAACUUACUACGAUCCAGAACUCUUGAUCCUUUCAAGCUCUUCUGAAUCAGACGGCGAAUGUGAAAUAAUUGGUUACGUAAAACCGCGCCACGAAAGGACACCGGAAAUUAUAGAAUUACUUUCUUCUGAAUCUGAGCCUACAACUGUUCCUCACACAUCCAAUGAGAAUACGCAAUUGAGAAAAGUAUACCCAGAAAACUUGUCACUACCGAGCACGUCUCAUGGCACGAAAGAAUCAUCGUCUUUGACAUCUUGUUCUUCGACAAGUAGCGAUUCUGACAGUGAUUAUAAUCAAAGACAGAGUGUUCGAGAAAACUGUUCGAGAAAGUUAUCGCAAAAGAAGUUUAUACAAAGUGUUAUACAAAAAUAUAAAAGAUCAACACGAAGUCGCAAUAAACGAUCUAAAAAGAGAAUAUUCACUUCUAGUGAUACCAGUUUAUCUGAAGCCUCGGUAAAGAAUAAUGAAAAACGAUCGAAAAAGACGAGGUAUAAAGUGCAGACUAAAGGUACAGGACGAAUAAAGCUUAUUAAGAGAGAACAGAGCUAUUCGGAUGAGGAUUCGUCUAGUAGUGAAAGCAGUAGCGAGGAGACGGACAGCAAAGUAAAAAUCAGUAAAUGUCGUAGAUCGUACAGAUCGAAGAGGAAACAUUCUUCGCCUACUGCAAACGAUCAUAUGACGAAAAGUGAAAAUACAACGAAAGGUAAAGGAAAAGCUUCGGUUUUGGAAAAGUUAAGGUCUAAAAACAAAGAUCAGAAGUAUUGCGAAAGCAAGCAAUCCAGAUCUAGAAGCAGUAGUGAAUCUUCUGAUGCCUCUAAACAUGAUAAAAGGUCGAGCCAUCAAGAAUCAAGAGUCAGAUAUCAAGAAUCUCGCAAUACGAGCGAGUACGAAAGUCAAGACGACAGUGCCUCAAUAAAGAAAGAUAUGCCGAAAAAAGAAUAUAAAGCUAAAUCAAAGAAGAAGGUACAUUAUUGUUCAGACUCUGAUCAUUUAAGUUCUUGCAGUCAAUGUAGUGAUCAUUCGAAUAAAUCCUACACCUAUCGGAAAAAAUCAAAGCGUAGGGAGAAACAUAAAGAGAAAGAACAUCAUAGAUCGAAUGGCAGAGCUUUCAAUUCAUCGCAAUCUAAUGCGAGUACAACAUUAACGAUAUCUGUUUCAUCGAAAAACGAUAUGCAUCCAUCGAAACAUUCCGAUAAAGAAAAACGUAAAUCAUACAAAGUUUACAAAGAUUCGAAGCGCAGGAAACCUGAAAAUGAAAAGAAAUCGAGACCAAAGAAGAAAAGACGACGUCUUCGAUCUUCCUCCAUUUCUAAUUCGGUAUAAUAUCAUUAAGCGAUUUAUAUUAGUUGAUAAAUUGUGUAAUAAAUCUUGAUUUAAGAAUGUCA